CAUGACCAGAACAUCCGGCCUCGUCUUCCUGCUGCUGGCAGCUCAGAUCCCAGCCUCUCAGACACUUACCAGUACUGGCAAGGAAUUCAUUGUUGUUUUUCCAGAAAACAUUGCCUACUAUCACCCUUCUAGUCCGGAAAACAAGAUCUGGAUCACUGCCCUACACAAUGACACAGUUAUCACAAUCUCUCCGUCCCCCGCAGAGGGUUCACCUCAACAUCUGACAGCUGGAGAGACGAAGAGUUUUAAUAUGACCCAAGAACUCGGGAAGCUAGACUUCAAUAACUACUUGAAUUCUACUCCUUUUGAAGUUUUCAGCAUCUCUGACAAAACCAUUAACAUUACCAGCUCCAAAGAUGUUGUCGUCCAAGCCAUCAGCAUCAAAAAGAGGAGCAUGCAGUCCGCUCUAGUUAUUCCUGCUGACAAACUCAGCAUGAAAUACUUCCUCCCACCGGUGCCUAAAAUUGAAGGAACAACUGAUCAAGGGGUUCUUGUCGUAAACGUUACAGAGAGAGGCCCGUUCAGACUCAUCAUCAUCAACCCUAGUAAUGAUACUGUGAAGGUGGCCAUUAAAGGGGGAGAUGAAAUCUCAGGUGACAUAAAGUCUGGGAAAGUUGCUCAAAUCUGGGUCACCAACACCUCAACAUCUCAGUUUGUCGAAGCAGAUAAGCCCGUGGCAGUCUUCUUCAGCCACCCCUGUGCUACGCAGUAUGACUGUACCUGCGGGCUUCUGCAUGCCAUGCUGCCUCCGGCCAAGAACCGCACUAUGAACUUUCCUGUUCCUCCUGUUCUGGCUGAGCAAGCAUCCAUUCUCUUGUCUGAUCAACAUUUCAGAGGAUAUGAGAGUUUUAAAUCUUACUCAGCAGUUGUUCAGUCGGCAGGCACAGCCAUCCUCUAUCAGCCCUCUCUACUCCUCACACUUAUCCCAGAAGAAGAGUUCGGAAGCUGUUUUGUUGUCCCGUUCAUCAAGAAUAAGAAAAACUUUCUUAUCAUCGUGGUCCACAAGGAGCACAAAGAUGGGAUUCACGUCGGAAAGGUUCCUCUGAAUAAUACAGAUUGGCAGGAGUUGAAGGGAACAGACUAUGUCUCAACGAAUCUCAGCACAUCAUCUCCAAAUACCUUCGUCUGGCACAAUUCGUCCAUAAUGGCCGUUUACUUCGUGGGCAACGAGGAAAAUACAUGGUUUGGGAAUCCUGCCCCAGUUGUCAGUGUAACCCCAGAUUUCAGGGGCUGUGCUGUGACUCCAGAGGAGAUAAAUAUCCUAUAUGAUGCAAAAAGUUGGCAAGACUCGAUACAAUCCUGUAAAGAUAUAGGUCUACAUCUCAUCAGCCUUUCUGACAAGAGUUUACAAAAACACAUCUGCAGCAAGCUUCCUAAAAACUUUGUGCAGAAUGUGUGGAUCGGCAUGCGUCGCAGCUCCAUGACUGGAGAUUGGUAUUGGUUGAACAGACAUCCAUUCAACAACACCAACUGGGCUCCUGAGGAGCAGGUGGGUAAUGGCCAGUGUGGCGUUAUGAGUCUGAAAUCCAGCAGGAACUGUGGCUGGAAUGACGAGGACUGCUGCAAGACCAUCCACCCUGUCUGCUACAGAGAUCCAGUAAUCCUACAAAUAUGAUGUGGUGAAAAAUGUAUCCCAAAUCAGGCAGAGUAAGAUGUUUUCUGCUCCAGUUUCUCCAGGAUCUGAGCAUAGCUACUUCCAUAAUUAUCAUGGUCCUCAUAGUCAUCAGAAAACGUUAGAAAGAUUAAAAUAAUAGAUUAAAUUAAUAUUUUUCUGUAACUCUGGCUGUAGCUUAUUUUAAUUAAAUCGGUUGGUUAGUUUAGCCUCUAACUGCUCAUGUUCUGGGAAUAUUUUACACAACUUGGUUCUUGGAGAUCAUAAAUGGAGGGGUCCCAACACAAAGCAGGCAUCAUUGCGCCCCCUGAUGGCUCCUCAUCCUAACCGAGUAGUUUUUGUUGCACAGUUUUCGGUUAUUAUUUUGGGCCACAGAAAGUUGAAGCAUAGAUAAGUUCUGAUUGUCUGCUGUAAAUAUUUAUUUGCUGAUGUUUGCUUGUGUCUCGGCUGUGGAACAUAACGGUCAUGUAAAAGACUUCAGACCCAAAUCAUACUUUCACAGAUGCAGGUGACAGUCCUCUCUCUCAGAUACAGUAGACAAUCGAGCUUCUUGGUUAGGAUUAAGAACCAAAUGUUAGAACCUUUUUCCACCUGAUCGUACCCACGGAUUCUAGAAGAACAAGUCCAGUUAGCACUUGUUUAGCUUCACAAGAUGGAGGAACGUUCCUCCAUCUACAAGCACCUGGCUUCUGUCUGCAGUCAGAGUCCAGAUAAUAUUUAGUCCUGAAUUAAAAGUCAUUCGUAGAGUUGCAGGAAUUUAUCUUCAUCUUCAUGCAUCAUUUCUGAACUCAAAGGCUGCAGAUGAUAUUAAGAAUAUUGUUUUAAAGAAGUUAUUUUCAACAGGGAAAAAAUACAUUGAUGCAUUUUCACCUUUUUUCUCUCGAGUUGCAUUUAAUAGUUUCUCCUAUAUAAAAAAAUAAAAUGAUAUAGCAUUAACUAAUAUUUCUAGCACCAAGUGCAGUCUGUGGAUCUAAUUAUUUAAUGGAUUUUAAAGCAUUUAAUCUCUGAAGAAGUAAUUAUUUUAGUGUCUGUUCCAGAACAUUAACCUCUUAAUUGUAGUUAUCGGAUUUAGGGUUAAAUUGAUUCUUUGUAGUUUGAUCCAUGUUGACAGAGUUAAGACUGAAACUAACAAAUAAUGAAUCUAAUUCUUUGUGUGACUUUGCUCUAAAUUUAUCACCAUAGAAGCUGUAUAAAUGAAAUGAUAAUAAUAUAAUUCUUAUUACUCUUAUUAGUAUGUUGUUAUUAUUUAUGCCAAUAAAUCGGUUGUAAUGUG